CAAUUGCACGACAGAAUGGGCAACAAUGGAAAUCUAUCAAAAGCAGAACGGUUCAUUCAAAACCUUAACGCGAGCAAUGCGAAAAAGCUCGCGUUUGCCAUGGUGCUAGGGUUCGUUGUGUAUCACGCUUUUCUUCAUCUACGCUACGGAUCCGACUCGUGCAAAUGGCUAUUGAGUGACGGCCGGUUUAAGGGCGACAAAGAGUGGCAACCGUACGGCUGUAUGUUGCACAAGUACACCGAAACUGACACCCGUAAGUGCCUCCGCUAUCUUGCGUUCUGGGACAACCAAAACCACUUCGUACUUAUUGGCGACGAGCGGCUGCGAGCUCUUUCGUUGGAGUUCAUCGAUUACCUGCGAUCGAGCGAAACGGAGAACAACUCGAAACAAACGUCCACGAAAACUACCGACAACCUGCAGUUUACCGACUACAAGCUGCGGUUGCGGGUCGAGUAUAUUUACGCAAACGAGGUAUCGAAGCAUCUGAUCGACGAGUUUAUCCGCUGGGAGCACGAGGAAGACCCACCGAGUCUUAUCAUUGCCAGCUGCUCAUACCCGACGUUUGCACGCGGUAAUGUGACGGAGGAAAUUCAGCGGGCGUACGAGAAAAACCUCACGCGCCUUGUAACGCCGAUUGAUCGGUUGCACGCGAAGAAAACGAAAAUCAUCUGGAAGCUGCAGGAUCCGAUCGAUCAAGAAAAUGGAUCGGAGGAGUGGAAGAGCGUGCGGAAUGAAGACGUCGAUCGCAUCAAUCAGGCGGCGAGCAACAUACUGAGCUACUCGGAGGCCAAAAUAUGGUCCUCCUCGAGUAUGAUUGCGGCGGGACUGGUGGAUGAGUUCGCCGAUGGCCGGAAAUUCCGCUCGUUAACGCUCGAGCACGACGUUCAGAUCCUGCUCAACAUGUACUGCAACGAUUACAUGAACUACAACGAUGGUACAUGCUGUAGCAGCGCUGAACCGUACACCAUCAUACAGGUGACGACGUAUGCCUUUCUCGCGGUGUGCGCAUCAAUAGCGGUCGCAAUGUACGUGCGCAAGUGGAUCGUAAAGUGGCGCGGAAUUCACGCAUACUCGCCGCUCAACCAGACCAACGGCCCAACGCAAUCGCCGAUCGCCGCGCUCACGUCGCUGGCGAUCAUUAUGACGUACUUUUAUCUCUGCGAUCGGACCAACUUUUUUAUGAAGGAAAACAAAUACUACUCCGAGUUUAGCUUCUGGAUACCGGUGGGGUACGUGUUUGCGCUCGGGCUGUUCUUCACCGAGGACAGCAAGCUGACGAAGGUGCUACAUCGCGACCAGACGGACGAGCUAAAGGGCUGGAUGCAGAUCGUCAUACUGAUCUACUACAUGACCGGUGCUUCGCACAUACUGCCGAUCUACAUGCACAUCAAGGUGCUGAUCAGUGGGUUUCUCUUCCUGUCCGGCUACGCACACUUCACCAGCUGGUGGCAGUCGGGGAAUGCCGGAUUGGUGCGCUUCCUGAACGUAAUGUUUCGCGUCAACUUUCUCACCGUGCUGCUGUGCCUGUGCAUGAAUCGGCCGUACCAGUUUUAUUUCUUCGUGCCGCUACUGUCCUUCUGGUACUGCAUCAUGUACCUCACGCUCUCGCUGCCGCCCCGCAUCUCAGCGCAGAGCACGGAAGCGAACCCGUACCAGUACCUGUACCUGGUGCUCAAGCUUGUUGCCAUGUUGGCCACCGUCACGGUCCUGUACAUGAGCGAGGUAUUCUUCGAGCGUAUCUUCGUUACGCGCCCCUGGAAGGCACUGUUCGUGACGACGGACGACGAUAUCCACGAGUGGUGGUACCGAUGGAAGCUCGAUCGCUAUACGAUCACGUACGGAAUGAUCUUUGCGGCGCUGUUCCAAAUCUCGCAACGGUUUUCGCUCGUGGACGACAGCAAUCAUGGGAAUCUGUUCUCGAAGCGAAUCUCACUCACGUCGACGCUGGCUGCGAUCACCGGCAUCGGGUGCUACAUCACAUGGACGUUCUUCUGCCGUAACCGGCAGGACUGCGAGGAAGUGCACUCGUACGUAGUUUUCAUCCCGAUCGUGGGCUACAUUCUGCUGCGCAACAUAUCCGGCAUGCUGCGCACACGCUACUCCACGUUCUUCGCCUGGUUCGGAAAGAUCUCGCUCGAGCUGUUCCUCUGCCAGUAUCACAUCUGGUUGGCGGCCGACCGGAAUGGCGUGUUGGUGCUACUGCCCGGUUUUCCGACACUCAAUGUGCUCAUAACGUCCUUCAUUUUCGUGUGCGUUUCGCAUGAGAUUCAUCGCGUCACGACGGUCCUGUUGCCGUACGCGGUGCCGAACGAUUGGAAGCUAGCGGUGAGAAACAUCAUCUUGUUCGUGAUCCUACUGAUCCCCUUGGGACGAUACGAUGGAAUGUUUUGAGGGAGGACAACCCAACCUGUAUUUUGCAAAACCCUGCGCCCAGCCAU